AAGUAGAGACGCAUCCGACGAAUCUUGGUUGACAGCUGAGCGAUUUCAGGGUUAUUAUUGCUUAAGAAGGCUGGGUGAGGGAUGAUCCCAACCUCCUUUGCUCACCGGAGGCCCACACUCUAGCCAUCGCCAAACACAAGUCAUAUUCUUUGGCUGGCGAUCUGGUUCAUAGGCAGGUAAUUUUCCUUGGUGUUUUCCUUCUGUCUGGAGAUAUUAAUUUCUGUCUUUAGAGGCAAAGCUGUAAUUUUCUCCGCGUGGAAUAAAUUAAUGUGUUUCGUCUUUACUACUUAAAAAUUUUAGAUAUUUCCACGCUGCAUAUGCCAAGGUUGAGAUAAGAUGUUUCCAUCUCUUAAAAACAACAUAUGUAGGUUAGCAUUAACAUAUGUAAAUCCUAGGUCUCAUUUGUAAACUUUUAUUUAAAUUCUGCGGUUUAUGCAUUGUAUUCAUGGUUAGUUAGUCUAGGUCAUGCCAAAUAGAGUAGAGAUCAUUCAAUUUGAUCUUAUUUUGCCGAGAUAAAUUAGAGUUAUAUUUGUUGUUCUUUUUGUGAACUCGUCAAUGGAUAUUUUUCUUGCAAAUGGUAUAUCCUGCAAGGAUCCUAAAAUUGAGAAUCUAUGGAGCUAAGAGAGAGAUGACCCAAGAUUACAUCCUCAGGAAAGGUUUCUGUUGUCAUGGCUGAAGUAUUUGCUUGUUUUGACAGCUCUGAUAUUCGGGUACUUAUCUUGCAGUGAAAGGCUCGGAGUUCUUGCUGAAACUUGAAAAAAGUCUUUACCUGUUAGUCAUUGAUAUUGGGUAGUCUUGUGAAUUAUUUCUUGUGUUUGGUGAGAAGCUAAAAUAAAGAAAGUUGUGUUUGAUGCAUAUUUUUCUUUUUGUGUUGCAUUCCUCAAGGGAAGACAAUUCAUUUAUCAAGAAUGUAAGUUGUUCCAUUAAGAAAACUGUGUAACAACCAGAAUUUAUUGUAAGUUUUAUUUAUCUAACUGUCUAUUUUAAUAAGGUCAAGCACUUGAAUUUGUUUAGCAACCUCAAUUUACUUUAAGUUCUAUUUGACACAUUUCUCAUUUUUCUGUUAGCUGCAUUGUAUUACAUCCCAGACCUAGUUCCCUACUUUUUCUUUCUCAUUUUGCUCUGUGCACUCACCAAAAUUGUGUAUUAUUCUAGGCCUAGAUUAACAAAUAGAGAUUCCUUAU